GAAAAUGUUGAAAAUGUAUCAUCAAAUGUUUCUCAAAGCAUGCCUUCCUCCAAAGCUCCUGGAACAAUUCAGCAGAAUUUGGGUUCACUGAAGGGAGACUUGUUGCACAAUCACUUUUGAUUAACGUGAUGUCAGUACCGAGGUUCUUUAAAAGAGAAAGUCCUGCCAAAAUACUCACACACUGUCUGCAGACGGGUGAAUUAGAGAAGUGAAUUGCUCUAGGAAACAUCUGCAGCUUUACCUUUUAUUUAGUUACACGUUGAUUGCUCAUUGGGAAAUUUCACAAUGAUGAAGUUCACCAAAGCAACCUUCGUUUUUUUGACAUGCAUGACACUGCUGUCCAAAAGAGAAGUCUUUGCUGCUAGACUGUUGGCUCCACAGCUACGCUGCCCGUGUCUUCGAACAUAUUCCGGAAAACCAAUUUACCCCAAACUAAUACAGAACAUACAGAUGAUUCCUGCUGGAGCACAAUGCAGAAACAUGCAGAUCAUUGCCACACUGAAACAAGGACAGACCUGCCUCAAUCCCAAAGAUGAAUGGGUGAAAAAGAUCAUCGAAGGAUAAUUUCUCAUGUUUACAUGCAAACGUUUUCUUACUUUAUGUUUAGAGACCUGUUAAAUGCAUCUGUUCAAUGCAAACAUACAUCUACCAUUACAAAAUGUCAAUAGAACCCUGUUUGGAUGCUCGUUAAAAGUGAUAGAGAAACACAUUUUGACUACGCAAAUUUAUGAAAGCUUUAGAAAAUAUGCAUGAUGCCAAAUGUUAGACUGUAUUGUCAUUUUGUCUGAAAGCACUAAUGCUGAUGUACCAGAAGUGAUAUUGCAUGAAAGUAUAAAAAGUAUUGUAGAUCAUGUAAAAAAAUAAAUAGAAAAUAAAGUUGUUUUUUCUCAUUUUCAACAAUCU